AUGCAGCCUUCAGACGGACAUACAGUAUCGCCAGGCCAGUACCAUCAUCCACAAGAGAGAUUGGAUUUGGAGCAAAACAAUCGACCUCUCUCGCCUGGAAGAGAAUACGAAUCACCAUCGUAUCAUCAAAGGGAACCAUCGAUGGAAGGAAAUCCAGACUUUCAAAAUAGACCUCCACCAAGUGCGGAAGCAUUGGAACAAGCAAGAAAGGAAACUAAAACACUAUGGCUUGGAGGAAUUCCAUUCCACUACAGCGAUGCUGACUUGAGAAGAGUAUUUGAUCGUUUUGGAGAAGUUGCGGAAGUAAAGGUUGGAUAUUCUGGAGGACAACCAUUAGGUUAUUGUUUUAUUACUUUUCAAUCAAGGGAAAGUACGGAGAAGGCAUAUGAAGCCGUUAAAGCAGGAUUUAUUGGAGAUCAACCUCCACAAGAGGGUGUUAAUUGGAGAGUGGAUUAUGAUAUUGGAAAAGAAAAAAAGAAGGAGUUAGGAAUACCACCAAGUAAAGGAGGAAUGAGAGGAAGAUUUAGAGGACGCGGAUUUCAUAGUAACGUUGUUGGAAGAAGAUUUGAUGGACCACCAAUGAGGAGAGGAGGAUAUCGUGGCGGAGGUGUGUAUCAUGGUGGACCACCACAUGGAGGAUAUGAAAGAAGAUCUUCACCUCCAUACAAUCCACCACCAUAUGGAAUUCCACCUCCAUUGGAUAAUGGUCCACCUCCAACAAAUUAUCACCCUCCACAUCAUGAGCCACUACAUCAUUAUCCUCCUCCUUCACAUCAUUAUCCUCCUCAUAAUGGAAGGGAAAGACCAUACUAUGGAAGUGGUGUGUCACAUCGAUAUGAACCAUAUGGAAGAGGACCUCCAUCACAUCAUGGUUACAGAGGAGGGUAUAGAGGAGGAAGAACUUAUAGUCCACCACAUCAACAAGAAAAUAGAUUGGAUCAUUCAUCAAGUCCUCCACACAAUUAUUCUGGAGGAGGCGAUAGAGGAGAUGGGGGAAAUAUGGAACCAAGAAGGAGACCUGAUGUUGGUCAACAACACCCACCUCCAAAUAAUUGGUAA